AUGACCGAACAGGCGAUUGGAGCCAACAGUGUACCCGGCAUUAUUGCCCCAGGCAGUGUUCACGUCAUCCAGCCCAGCUACCCCGUGGCCUCUGGAAGUCAUCUGCAGCCUUCAGGGGUGACCACUUACCCAAUCUCACCAAAAGUAAUCCAGUGUGAUACAGGAAGAGCAAACUUACAGAAUCUACUCGUGGUGAGCCAGAACCCAGUGGCAGGUGCACAGAGUCAACCCAUUGGGUAUCACCAACCGUAUCCGGUGGGAACAGCCAGUUUGCAGACUGUGCCUGGAGUGAUCCAAUACACACAGGGAACAACGAAUCUCCAGACACGGCCUGGAGACCCUCAGAAUCCUCCAAAUGCUAACCCUGGGCUGACACACACCUCAGACUCAUCCCAGUGGAACACAUCAUUUGCAUCAUUUACUGCAUUUAAUCCCAAGAAAUUCAUAAAUGAGGAGGUCAGAACAUUAGGGGCCAUCCAGAUCCUCAUCGGCCUGACGCACAUGUUCUCUGCAAUUAACCCUGUGCUGUAUCACUAUUUUUCUGUGACCUGGGUGUCAGGCUACCCGGUCUGGGGAGGAUUAUCCUAUAUUAUAUCUGGAUCCCUCUCAGUAUGGGCUGCAAAGGAUCCCAGUCCUUGUGUGGUGAACAGCAGCAUCAGCUUGAACAUCAUCAGUUCAUUAUUCGCCUUUGCCGGGAUCUUCAUUAUCAUUACAGAUCUGAUCCUUUACUAUGUGACGACGUAUUCAAAGGCAAUUUCUGGUGGUCUUCUCCCCUUUGCCCUCCUGGAGUUCAUCCUCACUUGUGUGGUCUCACAUUUUGGGUGCCAGGCUACCUGCUGCAAACAAUUUGAGAAUGUGACAGUGAUUCCAGCCGUAUUCAGUUUCAACCAAGCCAAUACCACCAGCAGCCCUGUCAACACCACCACCAGCCCUGUCAAUGUUAAUGCUGGUCCUGUCAAUGCUACCAUCGGCCCUGUCAAUGUGACAACUGGCCCUGUUAACACUACCACUGGCCCUGCCAAAACUACCACCAGUUCUGUCAAUGCUAUCCACACCAACAAUAGGAGGGGGAGCAAGUGGAGUGUGUUCAGUAUUCCCAGUUGGGCCACAGGACAGAGGCCUCUGAGCCAGGAGGGACCUGAGAACUUCCCAGAGGUGGCAGCUCGCAAGCAGAGUGGAUUUCCAAGCCCCACGCGCAUAAAAGGAUUUCACAUGAAUAUGUGUGAACUCAGGAGAGUUGACUGCAGGAGAGCAGAGGCAGCCGGGAGCAAGCGGCGGCACAGCAGCGGUGGCAGCACGCCGGUGAUGCCGCAUUCCAGGCAGCAGCUGCAGUCCAUGAACAAAGCUGCUUCUGGCUCCUCGUGA